AAAACAAGAGAGCAGGUGGCAAUUAGAAAGCUCCAAUAGUUCCUUCAUCAUUUUCUCUUGGAUUGCCUCGGCCUCAUCUUUUGGAGUUCAGCAUCUAACAAUUUCGAUUCUGGGUCUGCGAUGUUUGGCUGUCUUAUCUUCAUGAUGGUGAUGGUUUUCGUUCGAGCUUCAUCAUGCCUUUUGCAACUAUGAGAAACUAUGAGAAGAUCUAGUCAACUUGAAGGACGGACCACCAGACCUAAUUUCUCUGAUCUUUACGGGAAGAAAAGCUAUCAAGCACCUUGUUAACUCAAGAUAAGCUCAGCAGGUUCAUAGAGAAAAAAAUGGCCGCUGAAGAUAAAAACCUAGUAGAAAUUCUGGAAGACCUUAAUCCGAUAGAUGUUGCUAAAUAUAUGAAUUAUGUCAGUGCCCCUCAAGCUGGAGCUAUAGCUACUUUCUCAGGCACAACACGUGAUACCUUUGAAGGCAAAACCGUCAUCGAGUUGAGAUAUGAAGCAUAUGUACCAAUGGCGAUUCGAUGUCUAAAGUCUCUUUGUUCCUCUGCUAGAGCAUCCUGGAACCUGCACUCCAUUGCUGUUGCUCAUCGUCUAGGCACAGUUCCUGUGGGAGAAACAAGUGUGUUCAUUGCAGUUUCUGCCGUCCACAGAGAUGAUGCACUGGAGGCUUGUAGGUUUCUCAUAGAUGAGCUCAAGGCAACAGUGCCUAUUUGGAAGAAGGAGGUUUACUCUAAUGGUGAAGUUUGGAAGGAGAAUUCUGAGUUCUUGGAGAGGAGGUCUGAUCUUCGUAAAGAUGAAGAUUUUCGUGGGAAAGUGACAGAAAUGAAGGAACACAAUAGGAAGCACUGUUGCAGGCCCAAGGUUCAGGUGAAGGAUGAAGGUAACUGAAAAAUAAUGUCAGUCUCUGGGAUCAAAGAUAUGUUGUAUGAGAGACGUUCUGUCUAUUUUUUUCCAAAAAAAAAAAAAAGAAUAUUCAAAUAAUACAAGUGGAUGAUUGUAAUUCUAUACU